CUUCUUCUUCUCUGCUUCUUCUUCUGGGAUCUUCUUCUUCUUCUUAAGGUUUCGCGGCGCCAAGGGCUGAAGCUCCCAAUCAAACCGGUCGAAGAACCUGCUGGUGCCGAGCGAUCCGUCGGCGUAAAUUGGGGCCGCCGAGUUGUUAAGCGAGACAAGGCAGUCAGCCGGAUGGUACCGUCAGAGAGUGGCCGUCGAGCAUGGUAGCGAUAUUGGCGCCGAACAGGAGGGACUUGAGUGAUCGGACAGGGAAAGCGAUGGGAGGAGGUGGUUGGUGGAGCUGGGUUCGCCGGAAUUUGGUGUGCAGCGAACCAGUGCCUUCUCUUGAAUGCGUUUCUUUUCUUCUGCUUGGGUUUUGUUGGGCUGUUCGAUUUUUCCUCAAAUUGCAGGCAAAAAGUUAAGGAUACCCAAUUUGGCUCACAUUUUUCUAAUUGGGUUUUAUGAGGAGCGUGAGUUUGCACUCUAUGUUUCUUCGAUUUCCAAUGAGCUUAGAGUGCCGGUGAGGUACUUGAAAGAGGAUAAACCACAUGGCUCAACUGGUGGUAUGUAUUACUUCAGAGAUAUGAUCAUGGAAGACGGCCCGUCGCAUAUCUUUUUGCUGAAUUGUGAUGUAUGCUGCAGUUUUCCGCUUCCAGAUAUGCUUGAGGCUCAUAUAAAAUACGGUGGAAUGGGUACAAUGCUAGUAAUCAAGGUUUCUGCGGAAUCUGCCAACGAGUUUGGUGAGUUGGUUGCUGAUCUAGUCACCAAAGAACUGUUGCAUUACACUGAGAAACCAGAGACUUUUGUAUGUGCAUGGUGCAGUUAGUGUACUAAUGCGAUACUAUGUAGUCAAAAAGUUAAGGGUGCCACAGGAGUGCGAGGGAGAUGGAUUUGUGGCAGGAACUGGAGAGGAUCUUGGCGGCGUUAGUGAUGGUUUGGGCGGAGGAGAAGUAGAGGAGAGAGAAGAAGAAGAAGAGUGAGGUUGAAGAAGAAGAAGAAGAAGAAGCUAUUUUUCUUUGAUUUCUUGGGAGAGAGUCACCAUCGUCAUCGGAGUGGUCUUGGGCUAGAAGAAAAUCCCAGACGAAGAAGAAGAAGAAGAAGAAGAAAUGAAAAGAAAAGAAAAAUAAAUUAACAAAAAAGGGUAAAAAGUCGAUUUUGCCCUUCUUCUUUUUUGCCACGUCAGUAAACAGACGGCACAGUCAGAAAUUUUGGACGGAAGUAUCACAUUGAUACCAAUUUAGGUCUUUGGGUAUCACAUUGAUACUUUUGAGAGUUCGGAUAUCAAAUUGGCCUUGGCAACAUAGUUUGGGGACGCUAGCUGAAUUUUUCUCAUAUUAUUAAACCUUCAUAUUUAUGCAUUUAAUGCCUAACGAAAUAUAGGUCCAACAGCACUAAUAUUCAUUUUAACAUCGUUACUCAUUCUAGAAACGAUGUGUUAUAUUCUUUUACACAUCGGUGUUUUUGAAGUUUGCCUGCUGUUUAUAAGCUUUACCGGUACUUGCCAUAUAUCACACUAUUUAAGAUUGAAUCUACAUUCUUUUCUAUUACGCGACCGAUGUUCAUUAAUCUAUUAAACAUCGUUUCCUUUUAUGAAGCGAUGUCCAUUUUUCCUAUUAAACAUCAGUUUUUGAGGUUUGCACCGAUAU